GCGCAAUGCCCUCUGGGAAACGCGGUCCGGGGAGCGCGUUCGAAGGCGGCGCUGAAGGGGCUCCAGGCCCUGCUGAGACUACGCUUCCCGUCAUGCUUUGGGCCGACGCAGGAAACCGUCUCUAGCUGCGGGUGGCGGUGCUAGUAGUGGCGCGUGAGCUCUUCUGCGGCGGCAGGCGCGCUUUGGCCGCGUUCCGAGGCAUCCUCUCCCCUCCCGACCCUUGCGGCGGGCAGCCUGGGCGAGGCGCCAUGGGCGGCGAGGAAGAGAUUGUGCGCAUCGCCAAGCGGCUCGACAAAAUGGUCGCCAAGAAGAGCGCGGAAGGGGCAAUGGAUUUACUAAAGGAACUGAAAAGUAUGCCAGUUACUCUGGAUUUAUUGCAGUCGACUCGGAUUGGGAUGUCUGUGAAUGCACUCCGAAAGCAAAGCACAGAUGAAGAUGUGAUUGCCCUCGCCAAAUCACUUAUCAAGGCCUGGAAAAAACUUCUAGAUGCCUCAGAGGAUAAAAGUGAUGAGAAGAAAAAGAAUUCUUCUUUGCCAACUUCGUCUUCAAAGGAGAGUGGUGACUCAAAAGACCAAAGCUCCACUAAAAGACAGGACCCUCCGAAGACCCCCACCACUCCAAAAAUGACCACCUUUCCACCAUUGCCUGUCACAUGUGACACUGUGCGUAACAAGUGUAGAGAAAUGUUAACUUCUGCCCUCCAGACAGACAAUGACUAUGUAGCCAUUGGUGCUGACUGUGAGCAAAUCGCUGCCCAAAUAGAAGAAUAUAUAUACCAAGAUGUCAAAAACACAGACUUGAAGUACAAAAACCGUGUCAGGAGCCGCCUCUCCAAUCUGAAAGACUCCAAGAAUCCUGACCUCCGAAAGAAUGUCUUAUGCGGGGUGAUCACUGCAGAACAAAUUGCAGUGAUGACCUCAGAGGAAAUGGCCAGCAACGAGCUGAAGGAGAUCCGGAAAGCCAUGACCAAAGAGGCUAUUCGGGAGCAUCAAAUGGCUAAAACAGGAGGAACGCAGACUGACCUCUUCACCUGUGGAAAGUGUAAGAAAAAGAACUGUACCUAUACCCAGGUACAAACCCGCAGUUCCGAUGAGCCAAUGACCACUUUUGUUGUGUGUAAUGAAUGUGGGAACCGCUGGAAGUUCUGCUGAGACACCUGUGACAGGAGCAGCAACAGCCAAUCGUGGGCCAGAUCUCCACAUUACAUUCCCACUAAGACCGCCAGCAAAUUUUGUACUGUUGUUUGUCACCGAUUUUGCUUUGUGCUCUGUACAUCGUCCAGGUGAGGAGGGCCCAGCUAUCUGCACACCUAGGAAUGGAGGAGCAGGAGCUGGGAAUGGAAGUUGGGAGGGUACCAGAUGGAGAAUUUGUGUGGACUGACCACCUCUAGAGUUUCUCAUCCUAAUCAGUAUUGUGAGGACUUGGAAAAGUAUUAAACAUUUUUGGUUUAUUCAUUUUUAAAAAAACUCAUUGGCCAGGCAUGUAGUCUUGACUCUCAUAAUGUGCAAUGGCUUCUUGUUGCUUUCCUUGUUUCCAAUUGCCUUUUUCAGAAGCUCUAAAGAACAUUCGUCCCACUCUCUAGAACAAAGAGAGAACAAGGCCCCCGUUUUUGGUACUUAGGGUGUCAUUUUAACUGCCACUGCGUGAAGCUUAGGCAUAUCUUACAAAUUUCAACUCAUUCUACCUUUACUUGGAAAUCAGGUUGUUCUCAAUCAAGGCUCUUUGGAAUUUUUUCAAACUACAAUUCAGAAGAGGUUUUUUGGGAGGGGGAUGUGAGACCAGUUCCAAACCAGUUUAAAUACGUUGUGUACUAUAGAUGUUCCCCUAGAACCAAGCUAUAAGAUAAAACAGAGAAAGAAAUGUGUCCACAGAGAAACAAAGGUGUCUUUGUUGAGGGAUACAUAGGAACAAACUACACUGAGAACAAACUUCAUGAAGACUUUCUCCAUUAGUUGGUUCACAUUGGCCAGUACUUGGUGGUGUGUUACAAAAGGGGCAGGCCUCAUUCUCUUGCUUUCUAUUCUAGUUUCAUGGUUGUAAACUUGAAGCCAUGUGUUGAACCAUUCAGAUUUUCUCUGUGUACACCAGUUGUGGCUCCUGUGCCUUUCAAAUUAUUCUGCAAACUGUCAUUUGCUGAAAGUGCUAAGAAUUCUGUUUGAGAUUCCUGGCCUCCCCAAGAGGGUAGGGUGCCAUUCCUUGUUUAUACUCACUAGAAAUGCUUCUGCCUUUGUAUUCAUACAGCAACCUCUGAGAAAGGGCUAGGCUCCAUCAUUCAUUUGGGUUGGAUGUGUAGAGAAAAAGAGAAUGUCAGCCAUAGAACUGAGCGAGUGACCAGCUUUUGAGGAGGGGUGUCAUCAGCACACAAGUAUUGGAGGCUGGCAAAAGAGGUGUCCUGUAAUGCUGAGGGAAAGACAAGAAGAGAUCUGAGAGAGGGAGAAACAGAACAAAGCUACUAAGGGAGGAAGUAAAGAGGUGGCAGUUUUGCUUUGUUGGUAAGUUUAAAGCCUGGAACGUGCUGCCAUCACCUACUUAGCUGAAGUAGCCAAGGGGCAAGGAAAGCAAUAGGAGCAAAGUACUGCCCCUUGUAACAGGAAAGAAUGCAGCUUUGUAGCAGGAGAGUGCCUUUGCAAAAAUCAAACAAACUCAGAAUGAUUUGGAUUGCAUCUCUCUCUCUGUGCUGCUUUUAGCAUUCUGUGCCUGGAUUUUUUGUUUGGUUUGUUUUUUUGGUUUUGUCUCAUGUACAGUUGCAAAUGAACAAACUAAUAAAAUUUGUAAAUGAACAA